GAAUUGUGCAGCAGCAGUGUUUUAACUAACAUGGAGAACUCCGACAAAAAGUCGAAAAGGCGUGCGGACCCGGGGCAAAAAGAAUGACAACGUGGAGAUGGAUGCAUUGAAGAAGACGUGCGUCAGUGGCACUAGUGCUCAAACACCACAGCAGGUGGUGUCCCGUUACAAAAACAUUUUUCGGCACUUCAGUAAAGGAGGGACCAUGUCAGCUGCUUUCAAACGUGUUGGCGUGGACCGGAACACAGUAGCAGUCAAUGCUCCAAUCGCAGAGCUAUACAUUGCUGCACCUGACAAAUUUAAGGAUCUUCUUAAAAACCACAGCAGUCAGGUUAAACUAAGUGCAUUUGCCACACAGUGUGCUGCCGCAAUUAAUGAUAAUUCAGCAAUUGAGGAUAGAAUUAAAGCCCUUAAGGCUUCUGGUAAGCUGUUGCCCCUUAAACGGAAGUGAACUCACCAAAAUUAUGUACGGUCUGCACUGCUGUUCACUGAUGUUUAAAAGUUAAUACUGAAGUAGUUUUUUCAAGUUUUGAAAUAUUUUAUAUUAUCAUUAUUUUUUAUAAA